GAAGUAGAGAUUGUAGAGAAAGGGAUUGCCAUGUGCACCCAAAUUAUGUAGUUUCCCUCUCUAUCUGCCAACUGCAUGUGCUCUUUGCCACUACAAUCCCACUUCUCUCCCUUUAACUCUCCAUAAAUCCCCCUCUUCUUCUCCCUUUAUUUUUCCAUUCAUUGUCCUUGUUCAACAAUCUUCUUCACUAUGUGGAGCACUAGUAGUACUAGUUGCGGUAGUGGUAGCAGUAGCAGUAUUAGUAGUGGUUCGAACUCUCCUCCGGCUUCUUCUCGAUCAUGGUUGAUAAGUGAAGAUUCGUUGAGACGGUAUGUGAAUUAUGCGAGCGAGAGUUGUAUACAAGAGCUUUUAUCAGCAUCGGUUUCGAGCAGAGUUGGAGGAGAUGAUGGAUGGAAGGUUCUUGCAACAGAGGAUAAUGUGGAGAUAUCGAAGAGGUGUUCGGGCUCACUGCAUGUUUUUCGUAGCCGGUGGCUACUCCGAUCAGUUUCACUGGAACAAUUUAUGACCGUUGCCAAUGCUAUCGAUGCUGCUAAGCAAUGGGACGGGGAUCUUGUGGAAGCCAAAUAUAUCAAAGUUCUCGACGACAACUUGAGCAUCAUUCGUCUCCGGUUCGGCUAUGCAUCAAAGCCAUUGUUCAAGAACCGGGAGUUCGUUGUGUAUGAACGACGGCAGGAAAUGGAUGAUGGUACAUUGGUUGUUGCUGUGGCUUCUCUUCCAAAAGAGAUUGCUGCUGGUUUGCAUCCAAAAGGAAAUAACUCCAUUAGAGGCCUCUUGCUUCAGUCUGGAUGGGUAGUUGAGAAGCUGGAUGAUCACUCUUGCCUGGUUACCUAUGUUGUUCAGUUGGAUCCAGCAGGAUGGUUGCCAAAGUGUUUGGUGAACAGAUUUAAUACAAAGCUGGUAAUGAUUAUUGACAACUUAAAAAAAUUAGCUCAAGCUUGUCCAAUAAAUAGCGAAAUAUAAUUUUUUUUAAAAGAAGAUAAAUAAUGUGUAAGUAAAUGUGAGUAAUGAUUUCAUAUAUAUCUUUUUCUUUUCUUCUUUU